AUGGCCUCCAAGGUCUUGCGGAACAACACCAACGUCAACUGGGUGAAGGAUCCAGGACUGCGAAAGCUCAAUCUAGGCAUCGGUUUGAUGCUCUCUGCAUCGGCUACUGCCGGAUAUUGUGCUAGUAUGAUCAACGGCCUUCUCGUGCUGCCCGAAUUCAACGACUUUUUAUCUGACCUUGACACAAAUGUGAGAGGCUUGAUCAUUGCGGCUGUCUCCCUCGGCUCCUUCCUAGCCUUCAUCCCAGCAUCCUACAUUGCCGACAAUUUGGGGCGCAGGAUCUGUGUUCUAAUCGGAUCAUCACUAGUGAUCAUUGCAUCGGUCAUUCAAAUCGCAACAUCUAACCAUUGGGUUUUUUUCAUCUCUCGCGUGCUGGCCGGUGUGGGAGUUGGAAUCUCACAGACAGCUGCGCCGUUGCUCAUUACCGAAUCGACACAUCCACGCCAACGACAAGCAUUCACGGGCUUAUACAACGCGCUUUGGUUUAUUGGGUCGAUCACAUCUGCCCUAAUCAGCUUUGCGGGACUUUCAUUGAUAGGAACCUGGUCCUGGAAACUCCCUUGUUUAACGCAAGUGUUUUAUCCGGCUCUCCAGCUAGUCGGUCUUUUGUUCGUUCCUGAGAGUCCAAGAUGGCUGGUGUCUCGGGGCAGAAAAGAGGAGGGAAUGGCUAUUCUCGCAAGAUACCACGCCAACGGAGACGAGGACGAUGAGCUGGUCCAAGAUGAAUUCUACAACAUCUGCAAGAGUAUUGAUGCUGAAUCAAGCUCAAAGUCACGAGGUUGGAUGUCAUUCUUCGAAAGCCGGAGCAACAUGCAUCGCCUGGCGAUCUGCAUCAUAUUGGGUUUCAUGCAAGAAUGGUCCGGAAAUGGUGUGGUCUCAUAUUAUCUAGCACCUAUUCUGACUUCGGUUGGUAUAUACCGCGCGGCAUACCAAGCUGCCAUCAAUAUAAGUCUGCAGGCCUGGAACCUGAUGUUCGCGGUCGGCGGAGCAAUGGCCGCAGAUCGCUUCGGACGACGAAGACUUUGGCUCAUCGCAACCACCCUGAUGUUCGUCUACCUUGCUGUCGCAACGAGCAUGAGUGGCCUGUUUACGGAGCUGGGGAUUCUGGAGGCUGGCAUCGCGGUGGUACCGAUGCUGUUCCUCUUCUGCGCUGCCUUUGACAUGGCUUACAUGCCUUUGUUUAUCGCGUACCCAGCAGAGAUUCUCCCCUUCCAGAUCCGCGCCAAGGGUCUCGCCGUGACGCUGACGACCGACUCCAUGGCAUGUUUCUUCAACCAGUACGUCAACCCAGUGGCGUUUGCGGCAAUCCGCUGGAAGUACUUUACCGUCUACUUGGGCUGCCUCAUUAUCUUCCUGUGUACGAUCUACUUCCUGUUCCCCGAGACUAAAGGUCUAUCCCUGGAAGAAGUUGGGCAGAUCUUUGAGAAGGAGAAACCCUACGAUGUGGAAACUCCCACUUCGGCUACAUCCCAAGAGCUAUUUGUAUACCCAAAGAAGAGCAGCACUUCUUCAUGA